AUGAACGGUGGAUACGGCGGGUACACUCUGCAAGCCUGUGAACCCAGUAGUCCAGCAGUACUCACCAUGGCCGCGCUGCGACUGCCAAGAGCGCCGACCACCGCGGCGCUCGCCGCCGGCGUCCCCCACCGGUUCCCGGCACCGGAGGGGGAGCCUCCGCCGCCGCGCGGCCCCAACAGGGCGCACCUCAACGCGCUGCUCACGUCGUACGGCCGCCGCGGCCGCCUCCGCGACGCCCAGCUCCUGUUCGACCAAAUGCCCAGCCGCGACGUCAUCUCCUGGACCGCCCUCCUCACCGCCUACGCCGACGGGGGAGACCUCGCCUCCGCGCGCCUCGUCUUCGACGACAUGCCCCGCCGCAACGCCCCGUCCUGGAACGCGCUGCUCUCCGUCUACCUCCGCGCGGCGCGCCCGCGGGCUGCCCACGCGCUCUUCUACAAGAUGCCGGCCAAGAACGCGGUGUCCUACGGUGCCAUCAUCUCGGGGCUCGCCAAGGCGGAGAUGCUGCAUGAGGCGGAGUUGGUGUAUGAGGAGAUGCCAUGGCAGUGGCGUGACCCAGUAGGGUCGAAUGCGCUGAUGGCUGGGUACUUGAGGGUCGGGGAGCUUGCCAUGGCACUGAGGGUGUUCGAGGGAAUGACGGUGAGGGAUGUCAUUUCCUGGAGCGCCAUGGUCGAUGGCCUCUGUAAACAUGGGAGUGUGUCAGAGGCGAGGAGGGUGUUUGACGCCAUGCCAGAGCGGAAUGUGGUGUCUUGGACUUCGAUGAUUCGGGGAUAUGUGAAACGUGGGAUGUGCAGAGAUGGUCUCCUCCUGUUCCUGAAUAUGAGAAGAGAAGGUGUUCAGGUUAACACAACGACACUCUCAGUUGCGCUGGAUGCUUGUGCUGCGGCCAGUCUUGCCAGAGAAGGGAUUCAGAUUCACAAUUUGAUUAUAUCAAUGGGAUUUGAGCUGGAUAUUUUCUUGGGUGAUUCAAUAAUCAUAAUGUAUUCUCGUUUUGGUUGGAUGGUUGAUGCAAAAAGGGCGUUCGACUGCAUGCAGCAGAAAGACAUAGUAUCAUGGAACUCACUGAUCACAGGUUACGUUCAGCAUGACAUGGUUGAAGAAGCACAUGUGCUGUUCAAGUUGAUGCAUCAGAAGGAUGCUGUUUCUUGGACAUCAAUGGUUGUUGGGUUUGCUAACAGGGGUUGGAUGAGGGAAUCUGUUGAACUUUUCGAGCAAAUGCCAGUAAAAGACGAGGUCGCUUGGACUGCGAUCAUUUCUAGUUUUAUCACAAAUGGGGACUAUCUAAGUGCAGUGCGGUGGUUUUGCCGCAUGUCACAAGAAGGAUGCAAACCUAACACAAUAGCUUUCAGUUGUCUGCUGAGUGCUUUGGCUAGCCUGGCAAUGUUGAAUCAGGGAAGGCAAGCUCAUGCAUAUUCGAUCAACAUGGGAUGGGUGUUUGACUCUGCCGUUCACACUUCUUUGGUAUCGAUGUAUGCAAAAUGUGGAAGGUUGGCUGAGGCUUAUCAUGUUUUCUCAAGCAUUAGCAACCCAAGCCUUAUUGCUAUUAAUUCUAUGAUUACAGCAUUUGUGCAACAUGGUUUCGUUGAAGAUGCGCUGAAACUAUUUACCAAAAUGCAAAAUGCUGGAUACAAGCCUAAUCAUGUUACAUUUUUAGGAAUUCUGACUGGUUGCGCACGUGCUGGUUUUGUUCAACAAGGUUACAACUACUUUGAAUCAAUGAGACCAGUUUAUGGUGUAGAGCCAAACCCUGAGCACUACACAUGUAUGGUUGAUCUUUUAGGUCGUGCAGGCCUCCUUGCUGAAGCACUGGAAAUGAUUAACUCAAUGCCCCAGAAUGAUCAUUCUGAUGCAUGGGCAGCUUUGCUCAGUGCUAGUAGUCUCCAUUCUAAUCUCGCUUUUGCAAAAAUAGCAGCACAGAAGCUUCUUGAGAAGGAUCCUUACGAUGCAACGGCUUACACAGUCCUGUCAAGGAUGUUCUCCUCAGCAGGGAUGGAGGAUGAAGAAAUGCUAAAAGUUGUACAGCUAUCCAACUUGGCCAGUAAGAGGCCUGGUUAUAGCCUUAUUAUGCAGGAUAAGGCCACUGAAAUAUAA